AUGGCGAUUGGAGGGGACUGGAGACGCGACGAUCCCGGAGCAAGGGCGAGAGCUCGUGAUCUGGAGGAGAGAAUCAGUUCUGGAGAAACAAGAACGCCAGACAGGCCCAGGCAGCGACGUUCACGAGCAGACGAAGGGGAGCAGAGGACGAAAGGACGGGAGUCUGGAGGAUGGGAUGUUGUUCCAGCCGACUCGAGAAAAGGAGUCUCGGACUAA